CACCGGAAUAAAUUUGUCUACAUAUGCGCUAUCUUGAUCACCACUUGCUUAUACACAAUUGUGUUUCACCUUACACCGAUAUAUUCAAAAUACAAAGGAGUUCAAUUCAAUCCUGAUCUCUAUAGCUAAAGUUGAUCAAUGUCGUCGACUGAAGAAUCGGAGUUGGUGCUGCUAGGAGCGUGGGCAAGCAUGUUCAGUUCGAGGGUAGAAAUCGCAUUGGCUGAAAAGGGCAUCAACUACAAGUACAUAGAAGAGGAGCAUGUGCUGGACAACAAAAGCCCUCUUCUUCUCAAACACAACCCCGUUUAUAAGAAGAUCCCAGUUUUGAUUCACAAAGGCAAACCCAUAUGUGAAUCCUUAAUCAUCGUCCAAUACAUCGAUGACACAUGGAAGGAAGGAUAUCCUUUGUUACCUUCUGAUCCUUAUCUCAAAUCUCAAGCUGCUUUCUGGGCGGAUUACGUGGAUAAGCAUAUUUAUCAAGGUGCGAAGUUGAUUUGGGAUUCUAAAGGUGAAGGGAUGCAGAAAGGAGUUGAAGAAUUCGUAGGUUACCUCAAGGUGUUGGAAAGGGAACUUGGUGAGAAGCCAUAUUUCAAUGGCGAGUCCUUUGGAUUUGUUGAUAUAGCACUUAUAUCCUACUACAGUCAUAUUAUUGCGGAUGAGAGGAUAGGGAAUUUUAGUAUUGAGAAAGACUGUCCAAAGUUGUUUGUUUGGGCCACACAAUGCAUGAAAAGGGAGAGUGUUUCCAAGACUCUUGCUGAUCCAACCAAGAUAUGUGAGUUGCUUAUCGAGAUUCGAAAGAAAAAUGGUCUAGAAGAUUGAUCAGCUUCGUUAACAUUCUGAACAUCUGGUUUGAGCUUUGUUGGUAGAUUAUAACUAAAGUAUGGUUUUAAUUUAAAUAGAUUCAUAUUGUAUGUUUAGAUAUCUUGAAAAUCGAGUCUCUAAUGUUCAUAAAGUCAAUUCAUGUCGCUUGAAUUGAUAAUAAUUUGUUUCUCACGUACUGAAAUAUGUAAAUUAUAGUCUUUUGUCUACUGUUUGUAUACUUUGUAUUAGAACCUGUGAUGACUUUAGUCAUGUCA